AUUGUAUUCCAUUAUAAUAAAUAUUGUAUGUUUAAAUUUGUUUUAAAUGUUCACACCCGUUCAAAGCUUCUAACUUAAAUUGUAUCUCAAAACAUCUGCGAGAUGAGAUAGCCCCGGCCACAAGAGAAUUUUCAGUAACAAGUUUUGGCUAUAAUGGCAAGUGAAAAAAAAGAUGCCAGUGCACUGAUAUCAAAGAAAAAGACAAUUAAACCCAGAAAAUCUCGAGAUGCAGACUGCUGUAGCGUCAACUUCCUAAAAUGUGUUCUUCAUAUUUUUAAUGUCAUAUUUCUGUUUGCAGGCGCAGGCGUGUUCCUAGUUGGUGCAUGGACAAUCGCAACCAGACACCGCUUUGUGGCCCUUCUGCCUACUCCAACGUAUCCUGCAAUAUCCUACUUGUUGUGCAUCGCUGGUGCGUUGGGCGUGCCUCUUUGUGGACUUGGCUGCUGUGGACUGAAGACUGAAAACAGAACUAGCUUAUUGUGUUACACAUAUUUUCUUCUAAUCACAUUCUUAUUGGAAGUGGGUGCGGGUGGUCUUGCCUUUUACUACGAAGUGGCUGUAGAGGACGAACUACGAUUCGAACUGAACGCAACGUUCAUAACAAAUUACGCGCUUGAUACUGUGGUCACGGACGCUGUGGAUAUUAUGCAGACUGAGUUCAAAUGCUGUGGGGCGAACAGAUAUACCGAGUGGCGUAAAAGUGCUUGGCACGAACAUGAUCCGAGAUUGCUAGUUCCUGACUCCUGUUGUAAGACUGUCACCACCCGCUGUGGUAUGCGGGAUCAUCCCUCCAAUAUAUAUUACCAUGGUUGCGUGCACGAGUUCACGAAGCACAUACGAGAUCAGCUGGUCAUCCUCGCAGCUGUAGGAGUUGGUAUGUCCGUCAUACCUAUAUUCGGUUUCUUCUUCUCUUGCGUAUUGUAUGUCAAAAUAAAACAUGUCAUUGACUGACCCCGGCCUAAGGCCCCAGCCGCCAAUAGAAAAGUCUUCGACAAAUCGGCCUCGGCGGGUGAUCUAUCCAAACCGGUCAAUAGGAGCUCGUACAGAGCGCCAAAGAUGGCCGAAAGUUCCCGAAGUAAACGAAAUGUUAGACGAACGCCGUGUCCCUUGCAUUCGGAGAAAAAUAUUCCAAUAUCUACUAUUAGCGAUAAUGUUAGUAUUUAAUUGCGCGUAUUAUUCUUCAGAAUGAUAAUAAAACGCGGAUUUGACUAGUUUUGAAACCUCUCUAAAUAACAAUUAUAUACAGGCAGGGCGUCCCAAGACUAUGGGACAUAAUGGGAAAGUACUUUUAAUAUCGUAAAGUAUAUUUUGCUGAAAGAAUACUUUAUUUUAUUAUGAAAAGUCUAAUAAUUACUUUUAACUUUUAAGUAAAGUAAGUAUUACUGCAUUCAAUGAUUUUCUAUAAACUACUUGUCUCGUCUUGUAAUCGAACUGACUGAAAUGUGAAAAAAACAUCUUAUUUUUUUGAUGCCAAUCAAGAAUAUGAACAAUAAAUAAUAAAUCUUCUUAAGUAACAUACUGUUGUGAAAUUUGUCAUUUUAAUUAAAUUAAAAACAUACAUGAAACUGCCAAAGUCAAUUACGUAUUUUUUUGGAAAUUUAUUGAUGAAAUGCUCAAAAUGUGAUCC